AUGGGUCGAGAUUUUCCAGAAUCCGAGGAGGCGGCGUAUUGGAGGAGGGUGAACACGGCGGUUCCUUUAACCUUUGCGAUUCUGGCAACGAUUGCAUAUGCCCUGAGAGUCUAUGCGACCCUGGUUAUUGCACGAAGAGUGAGGGUGGAGGAUUUCUUCAUGGGAUGUGCCGUGCUUCUCAUGAUUGGGAAUACUGCCUCUGUACUGUUAAAAGCGUUCAACGGCAUCGGAGUUCCAGAUAAAGAUCUGCCACAUUACAGACAAGUCAACUUCAAACUGGGCUCCUGGCUCGUCAUCAAAUUCUGGUCUGCAUCCAUGAUAUUCGCCAAACUCGCCAUCAUCCUGUUUCUUCGUCGAGUAGUCGGUAUACAACGCCCAGCUCGCAUUGCACUUGACAUCCUUGCUGUUCUCGUCGUCAUCUGGGGCUCGUCCAAUUUCUUCUACACGAUAUGGUUCUGCAAGCCCGUUGCGUAUUAUUGGGACAGGACCAUCCAGGGCGGUUGGUGCGUUGACAACGAGCUGUACAUGAUUGAGAGUAAGAUCAUUGCGAGCACGGCGGUGGUGAUGGAUGUUAUUAUGCUGGCGAUACCUAUUCCUACGAUUUGGCAUUUACAGAUUCGACUGAGGCAGAAGAUUGGAAUCACUUUUAUUCUCUGCAUUGGUGUUGUUGUCUGUGUAUUCAGUCUGCUGCGAGCCGUGCAGUUCUCCCAGUUCAACACGGCCAAUUUGUCGACGUCGAGUAUUUUGGAAGGUCUCUGGACCGUGUUGGAGAACCACUUCACAGUCCUAUGUGGCUGUCUUCCCCAACUUGGCCCCCUAUUCAGAAAAACGGCCACAGAGAAGGACAUCAACAGCGGCAAAAGCAGCGGCUAUCUCGGUUCCUACGAUCCGUCCAAGAAUAUUCGGUCCUGGGGAUUUCAGAAGAUGAGCGCCAUUGAGACCUCUGUUAGUGGUGCACACGAUGUCAUCGAUCCGUCGAGGUAUAACAGCUCGAGGGAACGGCAGAACUCGUCCGAGAUUGAACUCAAGGGCAUUGAGGUCCAGACAACGAUUAAUCAAGAAGUCUCUAUUGGAACGAGAAGCGACGAUGAUUAUCACUUGCCUUAG